UAAGUUGUUCACAAUGUCUCUCUUUUCUCCCCUGACUCCUAUCAUUAUUGCAGUGAUUUGCGUUUGUGUUGUUGCCUGGCGGUGGAAUAAGGGGGAAACAAAAAGAGAAAGAGGCAUUGAUAGUGAAGUGAGAACCAGUUCCACCCGCUGGGGAGCCGAAGACCUGCAAAAUGAGAGGGAGCCCAGCACGGAAGAGAACGAAUGGCUUGAAACUGAUGUUGUAAUACAACAUAUUCCAUAUUCUAUGAAGCGUUAUCCAGAGAAGGAAAUGAUUUGGCGAGCCAAUGAGUUUUACCAAUGGAUGAAUGAGAGGAGGAGUGUUCGCUUCUUCAGCAAGGAAAUGGUACCAAGGGAGGUGAUUGAGAGCAUCAUCCGGACAGCAGGGACUGCUCCAAGUGGAGCGCACACAGAGCCCUGGACAUUCAUAGUCAUACAAGACCAGGAAAUGAAACAUCAAAUACGAAAAAUAAUUGAGGAAGAGGAGGAAAUUAACUAUCGGAAGAGAAUGGGAAAGAAUUGGGUUGCUGACGUACAGAAGUUGAGUACAAACUGGAUUAAAGAGUACCUGGAUACUGCACCUUAUCUUAUAUUAAUAUUUAAGCAAACAUAUGGAAUCCUACCCACUGGCAGGAGGACUCAUUAUUACAAUGAGAUUAGCGUUUCAAUUUCCUGUGGAAUUCUUCUAGCAGCUCUGCAGAAUGCUGGUCUAGCGACAGUCACUUCGACUCCUCUGAACUGUGGUCCUCGUGUGCGUGAAAUCCUUGGACGCCCAGCGAAUGAAAAGCUGCUGCUGCUGCUACCAGUAGGCUACCCAGCCAAAGACGCCACUGUGCCAGACUUAAAGCGCAAGUCAUUGGAUGAGAUUAUGGUGUUUGUGUAACUUUUUGAAAUAACUCAAUAUCUGCGGAUUGUUUCUCACAGUUCUUCAAUGAUGAUCCUGCAGGGAGUGCUCAUGGAGUGAGGUCACUUCUGGCUUCGCUCCAUUCCCAUUAUCUUUUUUUUAACCUACGAUCUCACUUAUCUAACCAAUUUUUACCCACACCAGAAGAUUUAUUUUAUUUUACUGAUGUUUUUCUUAAAUUGCAACUCUGGAAUUUAAAGAAAGGAGUACAAGAUCCAAAGCCAAAGAUGGGAAAGAUUCUGACGGAAACGGAGGAAAAAGAAAAGGUGACUCUAAACAAACGGAGCUACCCUAUGAUGCUAUGAUGAAGUUUCUAGAGGAAAAGUUCGAUGAACAAUGUCAGAAUCUAUCUGAAAGUUUAUCUGAUAAAUUUGAACAGCAACGUCAAAGUCUUAAUGAAGAUUUAAAAUCAAUCACGGAAACUCUGAAAUCCCUGGAUUGUGAAGUUCAAAAACAUCGAAGUAAAAUCUCUGAACUGGAUAUUAAAUCUCAGAAGACGGAUUCAAAAGUCGAGAACUUAGAGCAGAAUUUAGCUUCAACUGUUAAACAACUGCAACAUUUUAAAUCCAAAGUCAUCAAUCUUGAAAAUCGAUCAAGAAGACAGAACAUGCGUAUAAUUGGUCUACCCGAGGAUGCUGAGGAUGGAGACCCUUCAAUAUUCUUGCUCAACUUUUAAAGGAUACGUUCAACUGAGUUUUUCCCAAUGAGCCUCCAUUACUUGACUGCGCCCAUCGUAUAUGAUGCCCAAAGUCGGCAUUGGCUGAAUCCAAACCGAGACCAAUUAUUCAAAAACGCAAACACGAGGAAUUCUGCAGAUGCUGGUAAUUCAAGCAACACACAUCAAAGUUG